UGCUCGAAUACAACACCUGUGGACUGCAUUCGACACGUGAGAAGACUACGGACAUGACGGAAGCCAAUGGAGUGCCUGAUGGCACCAAUGGCACGAAUGGCACGCACACUCCUGUUGAGGCGACUUGCCCCAAAACUCCUCCAAGACCAACACACACUACUCUUGCUUUGACUGAGUAUACCGCAAAUACCUCGCCGGUGUCAUCAAGGUCGAAAGAACGAGCACCCACCAUCGUACCCGAGCAUUUGCUUCUGCCCAAUGGUCACCCAGAUUACAUUCGACUCAUCACUACCGCCAAAGUCUACGAUGUUGUCGAGCAAACCCCACUCACGCACGCCGUCAAUCUCAGCAAUCGAAUGGAAACGACCAUUCUGCUCAAGCGAGAGGACUUGCUCCCUGUCUUCUCAUUCAAGUUGCGCGGCGCCUAUAACAAGAUGGCACAUCUGACGGACCAAGAGCGAUGGAAGGGCGUCAUCGCAUGCUCGGCUGGUAACCAUGCUCAGGGCGUGGCGUACUCUGCUCGAAAACUGAAGAUUCCUGCAACCAUCGUCAUGCCUACCGGGACGCCCGCUAUCAAGUACGCCAACGUUUCACGGCUGGGCGGUAACGUCGUCCUUCAUGGUGCAGACUUCGACGAAGCCAAAGCAGAGUGUAAUCGUAGGGGACAAGCUAACGGCUUGACCAACAUUCCACCCUUUGACGAUCCGUAUGUCAUCGCUGGCCAGGGCACCAUCGGCGCUGAGAUUCUUCGCCAGGCCGACUUGUCCAAGCUCGAAGCCAUCUUUUGCUGCGUCGGUGGUGGUGGCCUGAUCGCUGGUAUCGGAACGUACAUUAAGCGCUUCGCACCUCAUGUCAAGAUCAUUGGGGUUGAGAGCUACGAUGCCAAUGCUCUGGUGAGAUCGUUGAAGGCUGGAACACGCAUCACGCUCAAGGAGGUCGGGCUCUUCGCCGACGGCCAGGCGGUGAAAACAGUGGGCGAGGAGACUUUUCGUCUCUGCCAGGAAGUAGUGGACGAGGUCAUACUCGUCGAUACCGACGAUAUCUGUGCUGCUAUCAAGGACGUGUUUGAGGACACACGAUCUAUCUUGGAGCCAGCCGGAGCUCUUUCACUUGCUGGCUUGAAAAAGUAUGUCAAGGCCCACCCUUCUCAAGACACUCGACGACAGCUUGUUUCCAUUGCCAGUGGAGCGAACAUGAACUUCGAUCGCUUGCGCUUCGUGGCUGAGCGGGCGGCCAUUGGAGAGCAGAAAGAGGCUUUACUCUGCGUGAACAUCCCCGAAAAGCCCGGAGCUUUUGCAACACUCAUCAAGGAAGUCACGCCUAUGGCGGUGACCGAGUUCAGCUACCGGUAUGCGUCAGAUGCGUCAGCCGAUGUUUUGAUCGGUAUCCAGGUCAACCCUACCACCCGGACAUUGGAAGUGCAAGACCUCCUCUCCAGACUUCGUAGCCACGGCAUGACCGCUCGAGACAUCAGUGGUGACGAGCUGGCCAAGUCUCACAUUCGCUAUCUGGUUGGAGGACGAAGCAAUGCCGAGAACGAACGCAUUUUCGCAUUCGAGUUUCCCGAGCGAGGAGGCGCUCUGCACAAGUUCCUGACCAUGCUCCAGCCGCAAUACAACAUUUCUCUUUUCCACUAUCGCAACUACGGUGGCGACAUCGCAAAGAUCCUCGCCGGUAUCCAGUGUCCGCCUGGCGAGGAAGAUGGGCUGAACAAGUUCCUCCAGGAUCUGGGCUAUGGCUACACCGAGGAAACUCGAAACGAGACCUACCAGAUGUUCAUGCGAAACAAGCAGACAGCUUGAAAGAAGUCAGCCGUGUCUCUAUCUCAUGUCCCGGAUUCUCUCUCUCUCUCUCUCUCUCUCUUUCUCGGCUUAGGCUGAAGACCGGAUAAUCCACACACCUUCCAUUGUCACUAUCCCCGGCACGACCUCACAUGGCCGGAUACCAGUGAGGAGGAAGUCCCCCGUCUACGAUAAGACGAGAUACCACAGCUUGUGCGUGUAUGCCUGUGUGUGUAGCAGCCGAUGUCACACAAGUGAUGAAAUGCCAGCCCGGGGGACCUACAUGCUGCAUGUAUCCGGAUACUGAUUAAGGAAAGGGCGCGCUCUGCCUCCUGCCAAAAAACCCCCCACAGCUGUCAUAAACGCUUCGCGUUUCUCACGGGGUACAUAUAGAGUUCCAGAUUCUGUCACUGUUUCCUGCUGCUGCUACUGCCUCACUUCCCAACCAUCCUCGACCCAUACACAUAUCUCCAAACGCGCG